AGGGCGUCUGCGUGGCCGCUUCCGCCCUCUUGACGCGACGCAACUUCUUCUCGCGAGAGGAGGGAAACGAGAAGCCGGCGGCAGCGGAGAAGCACGUAACCUAGGCGGCAGGUCCGUCAGCACUGCACGAUGGCAGACUUUGGGAUCUCAGCUGGCCAGGUCGUUGCAGUGGUCUGGGACCAGUCAUCCCCAGUGGAGGUCCUGAAAGAUAUGGUGGAUAAACUUCAAGUGCUAACUGGCAGUGAGGGCCGAGUGUCUGUGGAAAACAUCAACCAGCUGCUGCAGUCUGCCCACAAGGAAUCCACCUUCGAUGUUAUUUUGUCAGGAGUAGUCCCAGGAAGCACUGCUCUGCAUAGUGCUGAGGUUCUGGCUGAGAUGGCCCGGAUCCUUCGGCCUGGAGGUUGUCUUUUUCUGAAAGAACCAGUAGAGACCGAUAUAGUUAACAACAAAGUGAAGACAGCACCUAAACUGUGUUCAGCCCUGACUCUUUCUGGCCUCGUGGAAGUAAAAGAGCUGCAGCGGGAAUCCUUAAGCCCUGAGGAGAUGCAGUCAGCGCAGGAGCACUUGGGCUGUAGCAGUAAUGGCCUGCUCUGUGUUCAAAUCACAGGCAAAAAGCCCAACUUCGAAGUGGGUUCUUCCAGUCAGCUUAGGCUUUCCAUCACCAAGAAGCCUUCUCCUCCAGUGAAACCUGCUGUGGACCCUGCCACCGCCAAGCUCUGGACCCUCUCAGCCAGUGCCAUGGAGGACGAGGGCAUGGAUCUCAUUGACUCGGAUGAGCUGCUGGAUCCAGAAGAUUUGAAAAAGCCUGAUCCUGCAUCUCUGAGGGCUCCUUCAUGUGGGGAUGGGAAAAAGAGGAAGGCCUGCAAGAACUGCACCUGUGGCCUUGCAGAAGAGCUGGAAAAGGAGAAGUCAAAGGGCCAGAGCUCCCAGCCCAAGUCAGCCUGUGGAAAUUGCUACCUGGGCGAUGCCUUCCGCUGUGCCAGCUGCCCCUACCUCGGGAUGCCAGCCUUCAAACCCGGGGAGCAGGUGCUCCUGAGCAACAGCAACCUUCACGAUGACUAGGGUCCCCACAGGACACAGCUUCUCCUCCGCCAACUCCUGUCCCUCCCAUCCUGCCCAGCACUGUGGCUCCUUCACCGCCUGGGUUCCUCUCUCUGUGAAAUUAUUUACAGGGAGGGCACUGCAGUGCUGUAUAGUGCUGCUGUGUGUCAGCAGACCACAGCCCAACAACAGGGGCCUGCUUUCUCACCCCACACACAGAUAGGAGGAGAGCUGUGCCCUGAAGAAUCCCCUCGUGAAGUUCUGAUGCUGUGACAAGCUCCAGGCUCUCCUCUGGCCUGAGCUCAAUAAUGCUGCUGCUGACCCAGCUUCCCAGGUGCUGGUUCACUCACUGCACUUGGUGCCAUGAGCCAGCCAUCUCAUGGCCUCAGCACCAAAGGAGUCACUCGCCGGUUCCUGUGGUCCGCCCUUGUCCCUGUCUCCAACCUCACCCCAUUCCACUGUAGUGUCUGUGUCCUGUCAUCCUUUCUGUAGGCCAAUAAGUAUUAAACUUAUCUUUUCACGUGGCGUCCGUCAGUCAUCCGCACUUAGCUUGGACCAGGAAAGUUUCUUUUUGUCGCACGCGGGUAAGGGGGUGCCCUUGUGGAGUAGGCCUUUGCAUCUUCUGUAGAAGAGUGCAGGUUGAUAAGAACUUGGGGAGAAGCAGGAUAUACUGAAGCAACAGUGAUUCUGAGCAGGAAACCCCCCUGUUCUCAAUGCCCAACCACACAGUCCUGGAAUCCAUCUCACCAAGUCUUUGGAAAGAUGUGUGGACUUAGGAAACCUGGAUUUUUAUAUUUU